GGACUUGAGAAUCCGUUGUGGAAGGCUGGGAGCUUGCCCUUAGGUUGGGUCACCUUCUAUAAGCGGACAGUUGCUUUGGACAGGAGAUGGCAUGCCCUUGGAUUGGGCUAUGAGUCUGGUGUGGGGCGGAGCCAGAUUGAGCGAGCAGCUGUAAUCCAGUAUGAUGGAGUUAUGAAGCCAUGGUUGGAAAUUGGAAUUUCAAAGUACAAGGGCUAUUGGAGCAAACACCUAAACUAUGGCCACCCUUUAUUGCAACAGUGCAACAUACACGAGUAGUUAAAAAUCCACAACAUGAGAAGUGGUAUAGAUUGAUCCACUCCAUACUAUAAUCUUCUUGGAGCUGAGUCAAAUUAUACGGUUAUACCAAUAAUGGAAAUGAACUUACCGUCAUUUCUGGAUUUUGUAAUUCUGCUACUUGUGUAUAUAAUUCAUCUCAGAUGCUCAUGUAGUCUCAGACAGAUGACUUGCUUUCAACUUACUGAUCAACUUCUCUGCUAUUUUAUGUUCGCAUCUGGGGUUUCGAGAAAGUAUGAUGUUUCUUGCUAUGACAACUAGUCUGUUUAUUCCAGUAGUGUUUGCCAUUUAGUUUUACUAGGUUGAAAAGGGGUGCCCCAAACAGAGCCUUGACUUCUUGUCAGGCCAACACCUGCCGUUUACAGAUAUGAUGCAACACGUGGAGGACGUUGGUUGGAUGUAUUCAGAUAUGAGAUUUCAAAUGAGGGGCUAUCAUUUAUCCAAGUUGUGUGGUUCAUUGGACAGACUUGAUGACAACAAUAUUAACUUUAGUUUGAUGCCCUGAAUGUGAAUCCAACUGAUCCUCUCCUUUUGUGAAGAAAAAUGGCCAGCAUCACAGCCAGCACUCCAACCUCAUCCCUCCCCCGUGUCGGUCUCCGCCCAAAUGGAGGAACAGUGGGGACUUCAUCGGCCAUUCUGGGGUUGCCGGUGAUGGCAAAGAAGGGAAGAGUCACAUGCUCAAUGAAGGAGAAGCCAAGUGUGGAGGAUGGAAGCUUGAAGAUGGGGAUGGGGGCAUCACUGAUGGCAGCAGCCUGUGCUGCAACCAUGUCAAGCCCAGCCAUGGCUCUGGUGGAUGAGAGGAUGAGCACAGAAGGGACGGGACUUCCAUUUGGGUUGAGCAACAACACUCUGGGUUGGAUCCUGUUUGGUGUGUUUGGUCUGAUUUGGGCUCUCUACUUUGUCUACACUGCAACUCUUGAAGAGGAUGAAGAGUCUGGGUUGUCCCUGUAACUAACCCACACCCAUUCAUGCCCUUCCUACUUUCUUCAUAAAUCUGUAUCUGUGGUUGUAAAACUACCUCUUGUAUGCCCAACUACUCUGCCUAGUUUUAUAAUUGUUCCCUCUUCCUCUUUUCA